GUCCGCAUCUCCGGUGCAAAUAGAAGCUGCCAAACCCAAAAUGCAAACCGUCUCAAAAUAUCCAACUCUUCUCUUUCUGUUAUCCCAUGAUCAAACCAUCACCAGUUCUUGGAGAAAAACCAAGAUAAGAAACUGAGAGAGACUUCAUCCUCACUUCACUCUUCCCUGUCCUCCACAGUCCCUCAGAAGCAAAUUAUGCCUGCCACUCUCUUUCUCACUCCUCUUUCCACUCUACUAAACACUACCCAUCAUCUUCCCUCUCACUCUAACCCACCAUUCCAUUCAUACAAUCCCAUCUCAUCUGCCUUAAACUCAAAACCCCCACAAAACCCCAAACCAACUAACCUAAUUCCCUCAAAAUCUCCCAAUUCUCUCUCACUCAGCUCCACCACAACAAACCCGAAUUCGAAGGCUCAAUCAGAGCCUAAUUCAAGCUCUGAUGCUUGUAUUAAGGCGCCCACAGCUCCAUGGAUGAAGGGUCCUCUUCUUCUUCAACCACAUGAAGUCAUUGAUUUCUCAAAACCCAGAAACAAGAAGACCCACAACAAUGCCAAAGCCGAAAAGCCCGAUACUGUGCUGGCUGGGAAGUUAGUUGGCAUUAGAGGCGAUAAAGCAAUCAAGCAAAUUGUCCAAAGCAUUGAAAGGCUUGGACCAAACCAGAAAACAGAUGAAGCCCAGAAAGGUUUUGGGGAAUUUAGAAUUUGGGAUUCUUUGGAGGGACUUGGACAAAAUGAAAAAUCGGAUGAAACCCACAACGAUUUUGUGGAGUUUGGAAUUGAUGGUUGCUUGGAGGGACUUGGAAAAGCUGCGGAUUCGAGAUUUGGCGGGAAAAUGCCGUGGGAGAGGGAUGAAAGGAUCGUCUUUCAGAAAAUAAAGAAGAAAAGGGUGGCAAGUGCAGCCGAACUGAGCCUCGAGAAAGAGUUGCUUGAGAGGUUGAGAGGUGAGGCUGCAAAGAUGAGGAAAUGGGUGAAGGUCAAGAAAGCUGGGGUUACUCAAGCCGUUGUGGAUGAUAUAAAGUUCAUUUGGAAAACAAAUGAACUUGCCAUGGUCAAAUUUGAUGUGCCUCUCUGCCGGAAUAUGCAUAGAGCUCAAGAAAUAGUUGAGACCAAGACUGGAGGCAUGGUUGUUUGGAGAAAGAAAGAUACACUUGUAAUUUAUAGAGGAUGCAAUUAUCAGUCGAGUUCAAAAUUUUUUCCAAAGAUGCGCCCAUGCUCUGCUGACUGUCAAGAAACAUCGUCCUCAGAUCACAUGCAGCCGGAUUUGGAAGAAAGUAGUAGUUAUCAAUGUAAAUCAUUUGAAAGUCCUGUGGAUGAAAAGAUGAACGGAAAGGAUGCAGAAGAGGAUUGUAUUCAAACUGGAACCUUUCAAGAAACGAGUAUGAGUUGCCAACCAACUAGUAGGUCAUUAUAUGAGAAGGAAUCAGAUAGAUUAUUGGAUGGCUUGGGACCUCGAUUCAUUGACUGGUGGAUGCACAAACCUUUGCCAGUAGAUGCGGACUUGCUUCCGGAAGUAGUUCCUGGGUUUAAAGCUCCAAUUAGGCGUUGUCCACCACACACUAGAUCAAAGCUAACAGAUGAUGAACUAACAUUCUUGAGGAAGUUUGCUCGCACAUUACCUACUCAUUUUGUCUUAGGAAGGAACAGAAAACUUCAAGGCCUCGCUGCUGCCAUCUUAAAAUUGUGGGAGAAAAGUCUUAUAGCGAAGAUUGCUGUGAAGUUUGGAGUUCCGAACACAAACAACGAGCAAAUGGCAUAUGAGCUGAAGUGUCUCACAGGAGGAGUUCUGAUACUACGUAAUAAGUUUAUUAUAUUACUUUAUAGAGGCAAGGACUUCCUUCCUUGUGGGGUUGCAGAUUUAGUAGCAAAAAGGGAAGUGGAGCUCACAAGAUGGCAACUCUAUGAAGAACAUGCACGCCAAAAAGCAAUUGAAACUUUUUGUGAAUCUGGUGAACCGUUAGUGAAUACAGUUGGAACAUUAUCAGAAUUCCAAGAUAUCCAAACAGAGUAUGGAGAAAUUAUAAAAGAAAAUAAGAAUGUCGAAAUUAAGCUGGAAGCUGAAAAGGAACGACUAGAGAGGGAACUGAGGAAUCAAGAGCGGAAGUUUUUCAUUCUAAACAAAAAAAUAGAGAAAUCAACAAAUGAGUUAUCAAAUUUGAAUUCUCAAAGGACACCUGCUGAGCAGGAUGUUGACCAGGAAAUGAUGACUGAAGAAGAGAAAGAAUGUUUACGAUUGAUAGGACUGAAGAUGCGUAGUUGCUUGGUGCUUGGCAGGCGUGGGGUUUUUAAUGGUGUAAUGGAAGGUCUUCAUCAGCAUUGGAAGCACAGAGAGGUAGUCAAGGUUAUUACGAUGCAGAAACUGUUAAGACAGGUCAUGCACACUGCAAAGUUGCUUGAAGCAGAAAGCGGUGGGAUUCUAGUUUCAGUGGAUAGGCUAAAAGAAGGCCAUGCUAUUAUUAUUUACCGUGGGAAAAAUUACCAACGGCCUUUAAGGCCAACAGGGGGGAAUCUUCUAUCUAAAAGAAAAGCAUUGCAUAGAUCUCUUGAAAUGCAGAGAAUUGGAUCACUCAAGUUUUUCGCAUCCCAGAGACAGCAAGCAACCUUAGACUUGAAACUCAAACUGGAAACUCUGGAAAAAAAGAAGAGGAGUUGAUCGAAGAGAAUCUGAAGUUUGAAAUACUAUUGACUAAUUGAUGUAUCAUGCUGUUUCCCUUGAAUUUUCGGCUCCUUUAUUGAAGCAUGUUGAUUUGCCAUAGGACAGAAAUUUCUUCUCAGUCAUUAAUUCACUUUACAAGAACAUUGACGCGGCUGUUCCACUUGCCCAAAUGACUGCUUGCUGAUGUUAGGUUCCUUGCCACAUCGUAGUAGCUGAAGUUGCCUGUGUUAUUCCAUUUACUGCACAAUCAAUUGACUGGUGAGAAAGCUCUGGAAUUGAAGGGCAUCCACACUACAGUAUGAGCUUGUGACUAUCAGAAGCUUAGUUAAAGAAGCGGCGAUCCAGAGUAGUAUUGACGACAAUGCCUGCUGGACAAGUAUUGUUCCACAAAUCUGCUAAGGCAACUUUGAGAGUCUGUCAUGUUGUUGAUUCCAAAAAUCUGGUAACAUUGUGACAUGAUUGAUAUCUCAGGGCCAUCAGUUUUGCAUUCUAGUUCAGACGCAGGGUGGCCGCAGUACUCUGGCCGGUGGAGACCCCAGAAUGGAUAUCCUAUGUCAUUGUCAUCUAUUCCUGAGCACCAAAAUGUUUUACUGAAGUUUAGGUAUUGCUUGUCAUAGCCGGCAGACAGAGAGGGGAGGACAUUUGCAAUAGAGCGAAAGAGAAACGAACACAGGCAACAAAGUUUCAUUUUUCUCUCCAUGGAGCUAAGAAAGCCAGAAAUAGAACUCAGAUAUGGAAAGUGAAGUUAUUUUGUUUCUGUAAAUUUAAUUUAGCAUGCCCCUGCACCAGAGAAGAUUAAAAGAGGCUAAGACAAAUCCUGUUGUCUAGAAGGAUGACUAUAUUUAACUAGAGUUAUUUUGACUCCAUUGCUGAUGCUACCUCAGAUUGCAGCUUGAAGAUUUUUGUUCCAAUGGCAGUCCUAGCACUCCUUAUUCUCAUUCCAGUCAAUGUAUCAAGUGGAACAUUAUUUUUCCCAAGGAAAGAAUUAGUUUUGAGUGACAUUGAUAAACUCUCUAUAUCAAAUGUGCGCCCUAAAUCCAUAAGUCCCAAUCCCAAUGGGCAAUUCACUGUUAAGAUUGCUUACAAGCUCCGAAGGCAGGAGAACCCUGCCCAUCCCCAAGCCCCGCUGCUGAAAAAAUGUGGGGGUUAACCAUUCCCCUCAAGGUCAAAAUCUUUGCUUGGCAGCUAAUUAAGAAUAAACCGCAAGUUAGAUGCAGACUUCACAGAUUUAUCCCUCAGAUGAACCCUGAAUGCCCUCUUUGUUGAAGCCAUCCGGAAACUGUGGAUCAUCUUUUUGAACACUGCACCUUUGCCAAGAAUUUAUGGGGUUGUACGGCCUCGCUUCCUCCUAUAAGUCAGGACAAUGAUUUUCUCUUCUGGCUAGCUAAGCUUUCUACAAACUCUCAGGAUCAUGGCCUAGACCAACUCUCAAAUGCUCUGUUGGUUUGUUGGCAAAUUUGGGAUGCCAGGGAAUUGCUUGCUGCUUUCGAAAUGUUAUUCCACAUGCAGCAAGAUGUAUCCACAUUGCCACUCAAGUUGGUAUAGAAUACUGGGAGCAAUCAUAAAUCUAAAGCCAAGAUUUCUAAUGACUUGGCCAUCAAGUGGAGUGGGUUAAGAUCAAUUUUGAUGGUUCGGUCCAAGGCCUGCAAGGUUCUACUGGCUUUGUCAUUAGGGACUGUGAUGGUCAUGUUUUAUUAGCUGGAGACAAGAAAAUUGGAGAGGUCACUAUUACAGUAGCUGAAGGAUUGGCCCUGUGUGAUCUGCUGAUCCUUGCUAUAGAUAGUGGAUGGAAGAAGCUUGUCAUCGAAGGAGAUGCUAAACUUAUUAUGGACUGUGUCAAGAAGAAAGUUGCCAUCAAGUGGAGUGUUCAUCUAGUAGUUCAAGAUAUCUGGCAGCUUAGUUCAUCUUGUGAGUCAGUAUCUUUCGAGCAUGUGUUCAGGGAAGCCAACUUUACAGUUGAUGCCUUGGCUGGCUAAUCUGGGCCAGUGUUUGCCCUCUUCCUCACUUUGGUCUCGUUCUACUUUGACA